AUGAAGUCUCGCCCGACCAGCCCUUCAACCAGCAGCAGUCACUCAACGAGCAACAAGAGUGUCGACAGCGCACCCGAGGUACAGGGCCCCAAGGCUCCUGAGGAGCAACCCUCUGCAAAAUCGCCUCUGGAAGUUGAGCCAGUCGCCGGGACGACAUCGUCGCCUCAGCUGUCGAGAUCGUACACGGAACCGCAACAUCAGCAAGAUGCCCGGGCCGAUCACACACUGAGUGCAUUCGAUUUCGGUGGCACGGCGAACGCUAGCGCUGUAUCGACCGAAACUACUCUCGCACAUUUACCUCUAGAGGCGAAAUCCAGGGUAGAGACUGAGCCAGCGUACAAGUCGAAAAGACCCCCACCACUCGUACACGAUCAGUUUCCGUCUUUUACCAAGCUCAGGUCUCCUACUACACCUCAACCUUCGUCAGCCGGCGUUUUGUCGAAAGGGUUUGGACGACUCUUUGGACGCCGUCGGUCUCAAUCUGUGACUUCCCGACGUGAAGUCGUCCGACAGGCUUUGAGCGACGAACCUGACGUCUACGAAAAUCAGUUUGCAAACCAAGGUUUUCCGAGCGCACGGAGUGAUCAAUCCUUCCUCAUUGCAGAACCAUCUCCUCUUCCUCCUCCACGUACGACAUCACCCACCCCUUUGGCGAGCCAUGAAGAAUCUCUGAAAGCGCUUGAGGGGAUAGCACCUGCUCCGAACCCCACUCCAAUCAUGUUGGUUGAGCCGACCGGCGGAGAAGAGCCGUUUCAGUCUCCGCUAGCAUUUCCGCGAGAAGUCGAACCACCAGAAGCCUCUGACCCGAUCACAACCGUUCCUGAGCCCGAACAUAAAGCGAGCGAGGCCAUCGAGUCUAUCCAACGCACUUCCAUCGAUUCGGCAUCUUCUUAUGCUUCGGUCGGGUUCUCUGAGCGUGCAACGAGUUCAAGAUCCAGCUCCCCCCAUACAGAGUCCUUAGCGGUGAAAUCAUUCGACUCAUCAGUAUCCAAUCUACUACAGCACUUGGACGCGGAAAUGCCGGCGCCAUUGAGACCGGGACGCGCCCAGACGUGUCCCGAUUCGCCGACUGAUCCUCUUUUUCAGCAAGGGCAUCUAUCACCAAUCCCAGAUCUAAGGCGUGGCGCGAAUGAAGUAGUCCAUGCUCUUCAGUCAGCCCCCGUCGGGCCACCAAUCAGCGCGACUCCAACCCAAGAGCCGAAAACAGCUCUGCCCCCGAAGAGCAAAGGCGCGACGCCGAACAAGGGUGUCUGUCGUGGAUGUUCGCAGGUGAUUCUCGUGACACAGAAAUCGGUGUCGAGCGCAGACGGUCGGCUGACGGGUCGGUAUCACAAAGAAUGCUUCGUGUGCCAAACGUGCCAGAGCAUUUUUCCCACGGCAGAAUUCUACGUGCAUAAUGACCAACCUUAUUGCGCGUAUCAUUACCAUGAAUUGGAGAACUCAUUAUGCGCUACCUGUGGGAAGGGAAUUGAAGGUCUGUACAUGGAGACAGCCAAUGUAGCGGGCCGCGGCAAAGAAAAACAUCAUGCGGAGUGCUUGAAAUGCACGACUUGCAAGAUCCGCCUCGACCACGAUUACUUUGAGCUGUCGGGAAAUGUGUACUGCGAACGAGACGCGUUUCGAAUGGCGAGCAUGCCCAAAUCCAGGGACAACGCUCCGAGUCGACCCAGUCCCUUGAUCCGAGAGUAUAUCAGCAGUGGAGAUCAUGGGCUUCUACGGGGCAGGAAUUUCCCGGAGCGAAGAACCACCAGACUAAUGACUAUGACCUAG